CCUGUAGAUCAACAAGGAAAUUGUCAUUUAGACUGAUCAUUUGAAAUACAUUCCACAUCAAAUGAUCUGCAAUGAGAAGGCAAAUGAUAUUUGCUUUGAACUGGUUUUUCCCCGCCCGCUUCACCAUUGCUCUCCAUCUGCAUUUCAAUCCAUCUUCAAGCUAAACGAAAUGUUAAAAAAUAUCGACUGUUUCAUCGAUUCCUUUCUUUGUUCUUCCUGUCAUAUUUUCUAAUCAAAACUAUAAUACCCCCCUUAUAAACUAUCCUAAUAUUUCCUUUAAUACAGAUGAAGGUCCUCAGCUCUCUCAUCGGGCUAUCCAUAGUCGCAAACCUCGCUGCUGCAACGCUCAGCGCAUGCUCCAAAUCAAUCGCCAUCAAGAUCACAAGCAUCUACGAAAACGGCGACACCAACACCCAUCACGACUACUGCGAGUACCUCGGCGACGGCCGCGGCAUCACCGCAGGCAUUGCCGGGUUUUGCACAGGCACUGGUGACGCCUGGGAAGUAAUCCAGGCAUAUCACAACAAGACGGCGCUCAAGCAAUACGCCAAAUCCGAAAGUGACUCCAAGGUUGGACUUGGAAACUACUGCAAGGUUUGGAGAAAUUGGGCAAAUCCGAUAAACUUUUUCGACAGGCCCAGGAUGAAGCCAGAGACAAGAUCUUGGUCUCAACUGUGCAUUACUCAGGGCCAGCUGUUCGACGCCAGUAUUCAGCACGGUCCUUACGACGACAAGGAUGGAAUGCUCACCCUGAUCAAGGAGACAAGCGCCAAGUUCAAGGCCAAUACGAGUGGAUUGUCAAAUAGUACGUUGAUUAUUAAUGGGCACAAGGUUGAUGAAAUUGUUUGGCUGAAGAAGUUUUUGGAGGUGCGCACGAGUCAUUUGAAGAAUCCCAGGGAUAGUGCCAAUAGGGGCGGCAAUUACUGGGCCCAGACCGUUUACCGCGUCAAAUCAUACAAGUACGCAGUUGAUAAGAAGGAGUACACUUGGAGCAAGGGGUCGGUCAAAUUCCUCGACAACGAUGGCAAUGCGACAACUGUCACAUGCUAAAUGAUUGCGAAAGAAUUUUGCGAUUACACUUUUUUUGAGGUGGCUGGAGAUGAUACAACACGUUGAUAGUUGCCAAUAAAAUACAAUUACUUGAUAA